AAAUAUUUAUAAGUUUAAUAAAUUAUUAAAAGAUAAUAAUUAUAAUAAUAACAAUAAAACAAAAACAAACAGUAGUAAAAUUGUUUUUGAUUAAUUGUUUCGCAAAAAAAAAAAAAUACAAAAAUUGUUGUAUUUAUUUAGUGCGAAUUGGGGUGUAAAUUUAUUGGUAAUGACUUUGAAAUGAAAUGUUAACAUAUUGUCAGGAUUAUUAGCAAUAUUUAAAGCUGAAAAUAAUAAAAAAAUAUAAAAAAAAAGUUUUUAAAACUCUAAAAAGGUUUCAUUCCUCAACACCAACUCAACUCGCAAUUAUUGUUAUACAAAAUGGAUAUUGUUAUACGUGAAGAAGACAUUUCCUUGGGACAAGUAGGCAUCUAUGCCUCCUUAUCAUUUUUAGUGGUUUCUGUCUUGGGUUUGGGAUUUUAUGCCACUUGUUCAAGAAAAUACCGUUUGAAUUGGUUUGAGAAAAAUCUAUUAGAAUCAGCGAACAACAAAGAUGAAGAAGCUGACUGUAGAGAUGCCCUAGUGGCAACGGCUUCUGGUUAUAAUGUCGACAAUAUCAGCGAAUGUUCACGUUCUAUAGCGAAGGGCAAUGUUACUCCCACCUCCAUUAAUACCGAUGAUCCCACAUUUUGGGUGCCACCACCUUCGAAAACCAUACAACAACAGGUUUCUACAUCGGCCGAUGAAUCACCACCCUCAACACCCACCUCUCCAACUGGCAGCUUGAAAUCGAAUACUUUAUCGAUGUCAUCUUGUAAUUCCGUGCCUAUAGCUCGUUCCGACAAACAUGUGGUUUUAGCUAUGAAUCCUACACGUCCCAAGGUUUCAUCGAUGAAUGCCAAGUUGGAUCACACCAAAAUCGAUAUGGCUUUAUAUAGAACGAACUCUUUACAAAAGGGUCCCAAUCCUACCGAAGAUCCUAAGGGCAGCAUUCAUGUUAGCAUAGUUUAUGAUCCUCAUGCUGGUAUUUUAUCAGUCCGUUUAAUAGAGGCUCAAAACCUUCAGCCCCGCGAUUUUAGUGGCACAGCAGAUCCUUAUGCUAAAAUUCGUCUAUUACCAGAAAAGAAAAACUUCUGGCAAACUCGUAUACACAAGAAGACUCUCAAUCCAGUUUUCGAUGAAGAUUUCGUUUUCGAAGAAAAUCCCAAUGCCAUUGAUAAACGUACCAUAGAAAUUUUACUCUACGAUUUUGAUGCCUACUCCCGACACGUUUGCAUAGGAGGGGCUCAAAUACCAUUGGCUAAUUUGGACUUGACUAAGAAGGAGAAAUUCUGGACACCCUUGGGAACAUGUGCUGAACAAGACAUGAAAGUGGAUUUAGGAGAUGUUAUGAUUACUUUGGCCUAUUUACCCUCAGCAGAACGUUUGACGGUGGUGGUAAUAAAGGCUAGAAAUUUGAGAAUUGUAGAUGAUUCACGCAACUCCUCAGAUCCGUAUAUAAAGGUUACACUAAUGGUACCGGGAAAAAGAAUAAAAAAACGCAAAACGGCCGUUAUACGCAACAAUAUUAAUCCAGUGUAUAAUGAAGCCUUAACAUUUGAUGUCCAUAAAGAGGCUUUGAAAAAUGCCACCAUAGAAUUACAGGUGGUACAUGAUGGUUUAUUGGGUUCUAAUGAAAUCUUGGGUAGAGCUAUUAUUGGUGGCGGACCAGAUGUUCGUCCAGAUGAGAAAAUUUUCUUUGAAGAAAUGUUCCGCUCUAAAAAUGCCACUGCCCAAUGGGUGCCACUGCAAGAUGUUAACAAUGGUCGCACUAACAGUGGAAAUUAAAGUGGAAUUUGUUGACAUGGUUUGUGUCUACACUAAAAUGGUUUCUAACUUAACUCAAAACAAACAUAGAAUACCUACCACUCUUUGUUGUCCAAUACAGUUUGAAAGUCUUAGCAUUGCUUUAGUGCGCUGCUGCUAAUGAAAUUACUGUUAAAUAACAUUUUAACAAACCUUUAACAAGAGUUUGUUAAACAUUACUGUUAACUUAGAUUAACAGUGUUUGUUUUUGUCUUUUCUCCCCUAAACAAACUAAGAAAUUGUUAGACCAGAGAAAAACUUAAAUUGUUACCAAAAUAUAAAGGAUUUUUGCAGGGAUCAUAAAUUAAUUCAAGAGAAUAAUUAUAAAUUUAAACUUAAAACAAUUAUUAAAUGUGCUUUAAAACUCGAAAAAUUUGAAAAAAAAAAAAAAUGAUUUAAAUUAAUGGAAAAAGAAAACUAUUUGAAAUUUUUAUAAAUUAUAAAUAUAAUUGAUUUUUUGCUAUUGAUGUUUAUAAACAAUUAUUAACUAACACAUACAUCCAUAAAUAUUAUAUAGAUGUUUUUUAUGUAGUAGUUUAACAUACAUAUAUAAAAAUGAAUUUAACAAGAGAUUUUGUCUACAUGUCCAUAAGUACCUAAAAUAGUAAAACUUCUUUGUAACUUUAAAAUCAAAUCGAACAGUAUUUUGCCAGUAUAUUCUGAUUUAUAUAAUUGAGAAGGAAUUUAAAUCAAAAUAAAAUUGUAACAAGAUUUAAACAAAUAUUUGCCAGUACUUAAGUAUGACUACAAUAAUUAUAGAUAUUUUAUAAAAUGGAUAUCUUAUAUAACAAUUGAAUUGACUAUAUAUAUACAUAUAUAUAACUACGUUAAUACUACAAGUACACAUACACACUUAUUUAAAUAAAUAUUUAAAUAAAAAAUACCAAGAAAAUAUUCAUACACUAAAUUAUAUAUUAUAAAUGU